AUGGGCAUGAUGAUGGGUACCGGUACCUCAAUGUCACCUAAUAGGUUAAUCAACCCUCGAAGUUCUUUCACCCGCAUCGCGGUAUUCACACUCAUUUGCGUCACAAUCAUCUUCUUCACCGGAAGACCUACACAAGAAAGACUUCAUCAAAUCCAAUCGAAGCUUUCUCCAAGUCCACAAGAAAUCCUUAUCACACAAAACGGCUCUCCCGAAUGUACCGUCAAUUCAACACAUCUACAUGAAUUGAAAGAGAAAUAUGGUCUGGAUGAUAAAAUCGAAUAUGCUUCCCGACAAGUCAGAUAUCAACGACAAGAUAUUGAACGAAAAUCCAUUACUAGACUUGACGAACACUUAUUCCCCCGAAGCUUUGAUAUAAUCAACAUCGAAAAGGAUCUAGCACCUACUACGAAAUGUCUGAAACCACUCGAUGUACCAGUUCCAAAUUCUGCCAUUCCUGCAGAUGUAAAUGCUACUGAAUUCCUCUUUGGUAUCUCAACCACCUUUAAGAGAAUCACAGAUCCCAAGAUCAAUCCUAUGCUAGACUGGUCGCAUUGGUUGACAGAUGGUCAUGGAAACUCUAAUGGAGGAGGGUUGAUUCUGCGAUUGGUCGAUGCUUCCGACAAGGAAAUCAAUGAAAUCAAGAAGUUGUUGAAAAAAUAUGGAAUUGAUGCGAAAGUCUACACUGCAGACAGCAAAAUCGAAAUGGCCGAACGUUACUUCUCCCUCCUACCAGCUUUAUACAACGACAACUCCCGAAAAUAUCGAAAAUGGUUGGUAAUGUGCGAUGACGACACAUUUUUCCCAAACAUGGAUGCUCUCGUCAAGAAAAUGGCAACAUACGAUGCGAGUGAAGAUUUAUAUAUUGGAAAUCUUUCCGAAGAUGUCGGUAGUCUUGCACGCCAUGGAAGCCAAGCUUAUGGCGGGGCGGGCGUUUUCUUCUCUAUCCCAUUGGCCGCAACAAUUACAGACCUUUUCCAUCAAUGCAGCACCAAACAAAAAGUCGAAGAAGCCAACUCCGGUUGGGGAUCUCAAGGAGAUAUCCUUCUCCGAAAGUGUGUAUAUGAAAACACUGAAGUCCGAUUGACUGUCCUUCACGAUAUUUGGCAAUUGGAUAUUGUUGGUGACCCAUCUGGCUUCUAUGAAUCUGGUAUCCGACCGCUUUCUCUUCAUCAUUUCAAGGGAGGAAUGUGGCACGAAGCACAAGUGUAUGAAUCCACCAAGAUCCAACAAGUUUGUGGCGAAGAUUGUUUUCUCCAAAGAUUCCGAACGAAAGACGACUUUAUUUUGACGAACGGUUGGUCUAUUGCGCAUUAUCCAAAGGGUAUUGAUUUCAACUUGCACCAAAUGGAGAGAACUUUCAAUGCGUUGGGUGAUGAUGGAACAGGGUGGAAUCUUGAUUUCAUGUUCGGACCUCAACGAAUGCCUCUUCGUGAGACGGGACGAAAGGUUUCAUGGGAUCUAGCAGAAUCGGAAUUGAAGGCGGAUGGAACCGUGAGACAAACAUAUAUCCGAAAGAAGGAUGAUUGGAGGUGGAAAGAUCAUAAGGACGGAAAGGGAAUGUAUGAUGUUGAUGGUGUGUUGGAAUUGGUAUGGACUUUGUGA